AGAUGUACGCAUCGUGCUAGAGUAUAACCAUUUAGUAUAAUAAAAAAAAUACAUGAAAUAAACGUUCGUAAUUUGAAACAAAAUGGAUAGUUCUGGAACGGAGUGUCUUCACUAAAGCCUGUUUUUAGCUUGUUGCAUUGAGUAUCAGUGUUUUUGUACUAAAUAAGUUUACCUGUUGCAUAGCAGAGCCUACGGCGUAGGUGGUGUUACUACAAUAAGUACUACGUUACUACGUACGAGUGCUACUACUGCAUUUCAUGUUUAAAACAACAAUAGAUCACAGUAGUACCUAGUAGUACCUAAUUGAUAUGUUACACAAAAUCAUGUAAUUAAAAAAAUUGUCACGACACAUAGUUUUCAUUGAAGAUAAUAAUAACGAGUGCCUGAUAAUCAGUAGAGUUGACAUUAUUAUUAUGCUAUAUUAAAAAAAUCCAAAAUAAUUAAAAUGAAAAUUACGUAAGAAAUAGACUCUAACAUAAUAAAGUAGUAGACGCAACAUAGUGCGCAUUUUUGGUACAGUGAGCAAAAAAGUUUUGUUAACAUUUAUUUUUUAGUUUUUAUUAUGUGAAUAAAACAUAAAUGUCGGACGGUCCGUCAAGACUGCCUCUGCCGUCUCUAUCAAAAUGCAAAUCGCACGAAAUGUGGGCAGCAAUGACUAGAUCCAUCGAGAUAUUGGUUGCAUUCUUCGAGUAUUAUGCACAAAGAGCGCAGCUUGAAACUACUUCAACAAGCUCACCGCAAGCCAAAUCCCCUGCUACCAGCAGUGCUGGUGCAACAGCUGGUGCCUCUACAGCUCAAGGAGAAAGAACACCAACAGCACACAACAAACAGCUGCAAAAUGUCAAGGGACAAGACCAUCCGCCGCAUCCUUCCGUAGAAGAGAUGGCGUUCCUUCAGAACCGGUCGAUAUCUCUGGUGGACAUGUACAUCGACAACUCGGAGCCAUCGGAGAACGUGGGCCAGAUACACUUCUCGCUGGAGUACGACUUCCAGAACACGACACUCAUUUUGAGGAUCAUACAAGGCAAGGAGCUUCCAGCCAAGGACCUCAGCGGGACCUCGGACCCCUACGUGCGAGUGACUCUUCUACCGGACAAAAAGCAUCGCCUGGAGACGAAGAUAAAACGUCGAACUCUGAACCCUCGGUGGAACGAAACGUUAUACUUCGAGGGGUUCCCGAUACAGAAGUUACAAAGUCGGGUAUUACAUCUGCACGUGUUCGACUAUGAUCGUUUCUCAAGGGACGACUCCAUUGGAGAAGUGUUUCUCCCUCUAUGCCAGGUGGACCUUAGUGAGAAGCCAUCUUUCUGGAAGGCACUCAAACCUCCCGCAAAGGACAAAUGUGGCGAACUCCUAACCUCCCUCUGCUACCACCCUAGCAACAGCGUGCUGACAUUAACUCUACUCAAAGCGAGGAACCUGAAGGCAAAGGAUAUCAAUGGGAAAUCAGAUCCAUACGUAAAAGUGUGGCUUCAGUUCGGUGACAAACGCAUAGAGAAGCGCAAGACGGCUGUAUUCAAAUGUACUCUGAAUCCUGUGUUCAACGACUCAUUCUCAUUCAACGUCCCGUGGGAGAAGAUCCGAGAGUGCUCCCUUGACGUGCAGGUUAUGGACUUCGACAAUAUUGGCAGGAAUGAGCUGAUUGGUAGAAUACUUUUGGCUGGUAAAAACGGCUCGGGAGCGACGGAAACGAAACACUGGCAAGACAUGAUCACCAAGCCACGGCAGACCAUAGUGCAGUGGCACCGCCUCAAACCAGAGUAGAGGGCCAAUGUAUCCAUGCGUACAGUUGAACGGUAGAUAGGGAUAACGCUAUAGAUAAGACAGAGAUGGAAGUAUGCCAGCUUGGUAGUUUAUUUAUGACCAAUGACCUAUAUGCUCUAGAUGGGUCAUUCCGAAUAAAAAAAAUUGAGGGCUACAGCUCGCUCCAAUGAAAAG